UGGCCUUAGUUUCUCUCAGCUUGGCUUUCUUUCUUCCUCAGUAUGACCAGAAAUGGUUCUUCUCUUGGUGAAAUACUGAGUUCAAAGGAUGGGCAAAAAGCUUCUGUCUCUCCUGUGUUUUAUUUGCUACAGUAGAUGUAGAAAUUCUUCCCUUACCCUGCAAUAUGGGAAGAGUAAGAGUAAGAACCAUUAGAAGUCUCUGUGUAACAACAGGCAGCUAACAUCACACCAUCUAAGGAAGCUUUUUAUCUCUUUUUAUCUGGCAAGAGAAACUGAUCUUUCUAUGCCUAUGGAUUGCACCUUUGAUUCAAGUCAGGUUAUUGACUUUUUUGAUCAAACAGCCAUAGCUGAAGAUUACUCCUCAGAAAGAUCACUCCAAUUCCUGGGAUGUGCCAGAGGAUGUGAGAUGGAGGUGCCCCCAGCCAGCUGUUCCACUACACCAGCCACCAGUCAGCCAGUACAGACCCUGUGCCUCCAGGCUUCCCAUAGCAAGCAGACAUCACCACAUCUCACUGGCCCUGUCAUCUUGCAACCCGAACAAAGUCUGCCUCCGACAGUGUAUCUGAAGGCCCUUACCAUCCCACUGUAUCACCCAGUCCAGUCUGGAUGCUUCCAGCCAAGUCAUUCACUGGUAGCCAGUGGUGGCAGCUUCAGCCUGGAGAGCAGCAGCCUGCCCUUAAUUUUGAGCCCGUUGCUGCACUCAGAGAGGACAGAAGCGUCUCAGCCAUGGAAGCCCCAGAGCCAAACAUUGACUGUGAACAUCGUGGGUGCUCUACCUGUCCUGCCCUCUGCUGCCACCUGCUCAGGCACAACCUUGGGAAGCCCAGGGAAGAACCGAAAUGCAGGAAAGUAUCUGUGCCGGCACUGUGGGCGGGACUGCCUGAAGCCCAGUGUCCUCGAGAAGCACAUCCGUUCCCACACCGGAGAGAGGCCUUUCCCUUGUACCACUUGUGGCAUCGCCUUUAAGACCCAGAGCAAUCUGUACAAGCAUAGAAGGACUCAGACGCACAUUAACAAUAGUCGACUGUCAUCAGAGUCUGACAGCAGCAGCCUCCUGGAAGAUGGUGACAGGCUGGGAGAAACCCUCCCACAGCCCUCCAGAACAGAGCAGAGUGGUGAGGAAAAAGAAGAUGUGGGAGAGGAAGAUGGGACUUUGGAAAUCACUGCCUCUCCCCAUACCCAGGGAACUGUGCCAAUGGGGCCCUUGGCUUUGAAGUCUUUUCCGUUCAAGAGCCUGGAGAUGAAACCUGAGAUUCCUCUAGGUCAUGGGUCCACUCUUGUAGCCUCAGACAAGGAGGCCCCACUGGAACCUCCACACAGGGCUUCCCCAGGGCUUUUGCCAGCAGGCGUGCCUCAGAGAUGGAAGAUGCAGGAACAGCGAUCUCCAACAGCCAGUAAGCACAGCCAGCUGCAAAGACAGCAAGCAACCUACUCUGAGAAGCAUUGGGACUUGAAGGUGUCUGAAAGCAAGCUGAAGAAAUGUGAGAGCACUGACUCAGGCUACCUCUCACGGUCUGACAGUGUGGAGCAGCAGGUGCUGUCCGCUAGUCCCCUGCACAGCCUGUCUGAACACAGUGUGGAGUCAGAGAAUGACACUCCUCCUGGGCUCCCAAAAGGAGUGGCAUCAGCUGGUGCCAAAGUCCAUCUUGGGGAAAGAGCAAGCACCCUGAUGCUGGAGAAAAAGAAGCUAGAGGAACACAUUUCCAAACUCAUCUCCCACAAUAAGGCUGUGGUGGACGACACCCACCUGGACAACGUCAGGCCCAGGAAGACCAUCCUCUCAAAGCAGGGAAGCAUCGAUCUCCCUAUGCCUUAUACUUACAAGGACUCCUUCCAUUUUGACAUCAGAUCCCUCAAAACCACCGGGAAGAAGAAUAUUACAUUAUGCUCUGUCAAAUCCACCUACACUCCCCUUGAAAAAUCCAAGCCUCUCUUCUUCCACUCAGUCCCUACUCAAUUUUCCACCACCGUGGAUUGUGUGCCUGUCACAAGGAGCAAUUCCUUGCCAUUUGUUGAAGGCACCAGAACCUUCCAGGAGAGGUCGGAGAACCCUUGGACAUCUUGCCUCUCAAAGCAGCCCCUAAGUCCUGGUUCCUCGUGUCGUGUGCAUGACAACAGUUCUGGUGCUGUACCUAGGUCUGUGGAUUGUCCCAGCAGUCACCCUCGGGCCCUGGUCAGACAAGUUGCUGUGGAGGAUCUGCCUCUGGGUCAUCCCACUGAUAACCAGACACCAACAGAAGAUCACAAUGGUGGGAAAAAACCAAGUGGGGAGGAGACCUCUGUGAGAUGCAAGGUGGCAGGAAAGAAAUUCAAUAAAAAAAAACUGAAGAUGUUCUCCCAGGAGAAGUGGCAAAUGUAUGGGGAUGAAACAUUUAAGAAAAUAUACCAGAAAAUGAAAACCAGUCAAAGUAUCAAGAAGCCAAGGGAAACAAGGCUGUGUGACAUGAGAAACUUGGGCUAUGACACAAAGGAGGCUGAGGGUGGAGAGGGUGUAGCAGGGCCCGGCAACACCAGGGCUGCUACAUGUGGGGGUGUUAUUUUGAGCCCCCAGGUCGUGUCUCCAUUAGGGGCAAAAGUGACAGAGCCUGACCCUAUGGGACCUCAGCAAGCCCAGGCAGUUUCAUCGUCUGAGAAUCCGAGUAGUUUUGCAGAACUCAAGGAAACAUCUCAGCCGAUAAGAAGCAGUGCCCAUCCUAGAGUGAACAGAGCUGGGUCAUCUCCCACCCUUAGCUGUAGCAUCCCCUCCAAUGUGGUUCAUCACAUAGGUAACCAGAACCAUUUGCCAACUCCAAAUGGCAGCGGGGCACUGCUAAGGGAAGCCCCUGCACCAUCCCCCCAUGCCCUCAAUGUUGAGAAUAGGACAGCUUUCACUCCCAUUUCACAGGAUUCUUCCACCUUUAUCCUAGAUCAGGAAGCCAUUCUUCCCAGUGAUGGGGAAGACAAGGAGAGGCAUCAGUGGGCCCAGAUGGUUCUGAGGCUGUGCAGCUGUAGCCCUGGCAAAACCUUGCCAGAGUCAGAUAAGCUCCCAUCUGAAAGAAAAAAACUGAAGGUGGAGGAACUGAGUAGUAAAAAGAAUCGGGUCUUGGAAUUGGGAGGGGAGGGGAGUAAAGUGCUAGAUUGCUCCUCCCCUGCUAACUCCUCAGAAUCUAGGACAGAUAAAGCCCAGGAGGGAGAGAGUGGCUUAGACACCAGACCAAGUGAAUGCAGCUGGAAUACUGAAGGAAUCUCAGAGAGAGAGAACAGCAGUGACUAUGGUGGUACAGGAGAGGCCAUGCCAUCUGUCUCAGAUGCAGAGAAGGUGUCGUUGGCAUCAUUUUCUGCUAUUCUGGGGCUUGGAUUGACAAACAGAAAAUACUCCAAACAUUCUUCUUUUUGCGACUCUGCAGCUGUAGGAACCAGGAAGAGUCCUGAGCCCCCAGAAGGAAAUCAUUUUCCUUCUUUAAUUACAGCUGUAAAUGCAACUUCUGGGCUGACCAUUCCUCAGAAAGAAAAUGCAUUUUCUCCGAAGUAUAUCCUCCAGUUACCUCAAGAAGAGACUCGAACAGAAUUAUCAGUUACCACGAGCAAGGAGCAGGAAAAUAUGUCCCUCAGAGGUGGCAAAAAGGCAAAUGAGGUUGAAUCUGUGGCUGAGCCUUUCUCUCUCCUCCAGGCAGAAUGUUCAGCAGGUGGGUUGGGGUUGCAGCUUAAUAGAAUGACGUCCGCUAUGGCGUUGGCAUCUUGUUUGUCUCCCAGACCGGUCUGCUCCACCGACAUCCUUGCUGAGCCAGCCAGCGGCAAUGAGAGUCCCAAACACACACAGCCAAAAGAUGUGGGGGCAGAGACUGGAGACACAGCAGUUGGUAAGGCACAAGCAGCUGAGGAGACAACAGACAGAGCCCCAUGCUGCUCCAAACAGGUCCCUGUUUCUUUUGGCUCUGUGUACACAAGUAGCUUUCUCAUAGCAACUGACAUUAAAAGUGAGGGUCAGCUCUUCCGCCACCUGCAUUCAGGGAGUACCACUUUAUUGGUGACGUCCACAUCUGGAAGCAGAAUGUCUUCUUGGGGUACUUCUAAACAGCUGCUUCAGGGCUGGGAGUUGUGUGAGGCUUCCUCCAGUGGCCAGGAGCAUCCUCUGGAAGGUUUGGAGGGCUCUCCCAGGUCACUGGAGAAUGCCAGCAUCUGCCACUCAUUUGAAAGCUUUUACUGCCAUGCUCUUACUGCUCAGCACCAAGACUCCCCUGCCUGGCCCCAAAUCAGCCUGACUUCACACUCAGGGUACUCUCGGAGCUCGGGGGCCAGGGGCUCCUUCCCCUCCCUAAGUGCCGAGCCUCGUCUUACGUGGUGUUGCCUCAGCAGGAGCCUCCCUCUGCCAGCAGAACAGAAGGAGAAGGCUCACUCAGUGUAUUCUUCCUUGCACAUCUGUGACAAUAACUCUGGGGAAGAGGGCACAAGUUCCAGGAGGGACUUUUCCUUUCUCAAUGUGAAAAAGACCCAGGCAGUCACGUAUGGAUUGACAAGUGGAAACCUGAAAACACUGGUAUCUUCACUGUCAUGGGGGCAGCAGAAACCAAAGCUGUCCCGGGCAAUAGGUGCAGGGAGAGUGUCUGGUGAAAAGGUUUCAGAGCCAGAGAAGAAGAGAAGAGUGCCCUGUAGGAAGGGGAAGGCACCUACAAAUCCUCCUGGUGUGAGCAACAAACAGAAGAGAAAGAUCAACCCCAAAAGGUAUAAACGAGGUCAUCUACAAGGAUGUGUUCAUCUAAAAGCGAGCCGAUUUUGGAAGCAACGUUGGAAACUGAGAAAGCAGCACUUUCCUCCUACACAGGAUGGCCUUGAAAAAUGCAAGACUUGUCAGUCUCCUUCACCAGACCAAACAGGUCCAAGUCUACAAGGGACAUCAUCUGUCACAAUCUCAGAACUGUCAUUUUGCUGUGAGGAUGACCCGAAGAGUGAAGAUAACAGUAAAAAUAACUCAGGAAACUUUUCUCACAGUAUAAGUUCAAGAAGCUUCCAGGAAACAGACAAUCUACAUGUGGAAGAUCUGCCUCCAUCUGCUAGUGAGUGUGGUGAUCCCUCUCUUCAGAACACUAUCACCACUUCAGGAUUACCUCUGCAAACACACUGUGGCUUGGCCACAGCUAAGGUUAAGCCUUUUGCAUAUGACAGUGGCCUCCAUACUGGAUUACUGUUGACUCCUUCCCAAGACACAUCGAAACACAUUUCAAUAGACUCAACUCCAAAAAGUUACUUAGAUCCUUUGGGGCCUUCUUGUUUGAAUGCCAGGGGAACAUUUCAUCUUCCUGAUGCUGUCACAUCUGUAUCUGCCAUUUCUAUUUCUUUAGGGGCCAAAUCAAACCACAAAACCCUGAGAAUUCAUAGUGAUGAGUCUCAGGCCCGAGGUUUGGCAAUAGCAGACCCUCUGUCACAAAACAUCCCAGACAGAGAACCUAUAGUAGUAGGUAAGUCAUGUUCACAUUUACCAGAGAAACCUUCAUCUGGAUCAAGAAUUUCAUGCUCAGUUUCAAUGGGCCUGACUGGGAAGACUCAACUGGAGACAUCAUCUUCAGGAUUUAGCACAAGUAGUUUACAUCAGGUGACAGUGAGACCUCGGACAUACUUUUCUACCAGUAGCUAUUAUAGCUGUGGGGAAAAGCAUGGAACCUGUGAAGAUGGAAGUAAUAGUGAGAAAAGCCAAGUAACUAGAAUGGUCACAGUUAAAGAGAGCAUCAUUGCUGCCGGUCCUGGAGAGUCCUCAAACAUCUCUGGAGUAACUUCUAAAAACUUCAAGAAGAGGAGCCUGGAAGGGAUGAGGAAGCAAACUCGAGUAGAAUACAGUGACAGCAGUAGUGAUGAUGAAGACCGUCUAGUUAUAGAAUUGUAGAGACUCUAGAGAACAGAAGGGAUAUUUUAUAAAACAACACAGGGAAUAGAAAUACCUAGAAACAUAAAUGCCACUGAGUUGACAGGAAAAAUGAAUUUCUGUCAUGCACCUUAAGAUUAGGAAAAAACCUUCUUGGAUGCUAGAGGCCAAAUUAUGGCAAAAGGCUUACUACCCUCCACUGUAUGGCUCUGGGUGACAUUAGUGUGAACUAAAAAGGCAGCUUUGCUUCAGCAAGGGUAGUCAUAAAGGUAUUGUUUCUGAAUAGAACCUGUAAAUAUUCUCUGCACCUCAACUCCCUGCUGCAUUAAGACUCUCUUUAUAUCCCCUCUUUCUCUUUAGUUUUCUCAAUCCUUUGUUCCCAAGAAGGGGCACCAUGACUGUGUACAAGUAUCAAAGAAGUCUCUGAAAUGUUGGUGAACCAACAGUCAGUGAGGGCCACUUUAGAGAUGAGGAAUAUAAGGUCCACACUCCUUAGUAUAAAUGUGUUGAGAGAUAGGGUUUUUGGGUAAUUGAAUCGUGUAAAAUGAGUGUCAUGGUUUUAGAGCUGGAAAGGGACCUUCGACAUCAUCCAUGAUCAUCUGAACCUUUUCAUUUUACAGAUGAGGAAACUGGGGCCUAGAAACAUCAAAUGACUUGUCUAGGGUUACAUACUCAGUGACAGAGUAGGGAUUCAAACCCAGGUCUUCUGACUCCAAAUCAAGCUCUGUUUCCACCACAACACAAUCCCCCAUUAGGGAAUGUAAGCCAGUUCUGAAUAAUUGAAUUCAGAUUUACACAAAAACCCUGAGGUUUGGCUACGAUAACCAGCUUUUUUAGUGGGUGUUGUAAAUAUACUCCAAACUCAUAUGACGUUAUGAAAUAAUCCUUUUUAAAUGUUGUGCAAAUGACCAAUGCUCAUUUAUGAUCAGAUAAUACAAUCAUGUUCUGCUUCUGUGGCUGGUGCCUUUUCUGUUGAGAACUUUAAAAAUCCUUGAUUUUGUAGUUCUUCUUUGAGAAUAGAGACAUUUAACAGCUAAUUGGGGCAGUUUUCUGCAAUGAGAUUUUUGGAGAGUGGGGAAAUAAUAUCACAUGACUCUCAGAUUUUAUUUUUGUCAUAUGUUUUUGUCCAAACAAUUUCAAUUAGAGGGCUAUAGUUUUGCCAAUAUCCAAAGCUCAAAUCAGUGCCCUGUUGAUCUAGGAGAAAAGGCUUUUGGAUUUGUUCCAGAAGCAUGAAGGAUACAAAAUUAAAUGGAGUUUGAUGCUGUUUUAAGUUUUAGUCAUUUUAUUUGAGAGGUUUACUAUGAAUGAAGUCUUAGUGUAUUAUAUAAAUCAGACUAGAACCAGAUUUUUAAAAAAUUUUAAAUACUCCUAGCCAUAACAUGAUUCAGUGAAUAAAAUAACAGACAUAUGUCACUCCAUCUCCUAGAUGUACUGUAUUUUUGGUUUCUCUCUUUUAAAUGGUGUAGAAAAGUUUAAAGAGGUUUUCAAUGCUAUGUUAUAAUUUUAUACUUGCCUUUGGUAUGAUUUUGUACAAUUUUGAAAUUUAUAUUGUAGGAUCUUUUGGAUUAACUUUCUUGUAAUGAUGUUUAUGUGCCUACUUAUGCUUCAGAGGAAAGAUGAAAAUGAGAAAUAUCUCAUGUAUCGGAUGAUGUUGCAAUGAGUCUUAGCCCUUAUCUACGUAUGGUCAGCUUCCAAUGACCUUCAUUUGAAUUAACUACUUUUAGGAUUACCUAUGCGAGCUCUCUCUAUUAUUCAGAUUAUAUGUACUAUCAGUUAACAUGUUCUUAGAGAGGGCAAACUAACUUCAGUACUACCUAAUAAAAACAUAAUUGGGAGAUCAUUAUUCAUAUGACCUUGGGCAAGUCAUUUAAAUUCUCUGAUCUUCAGUUUCCUCAUCUGUAAAAUUAGGAGGUUGGACUAGAUGACCUUUAAGGUCCUUUCCAGCCUGAGAUCUGUGAUCCUAUGAUCCAGAGCUAUCUACACGUAGAUGCUUUAAAGCUCCCUCCAUAACUACAUAUUGAAACCCCUCCAUGUCUUUUGAUCCUGUGAAAUUCUCAUCCAUAUAAUUUCAUAGCAGCUGAGCUGGCCAUCUAUUGUGUUUCAUUGUGUAUACUUGCCUGCAUCAUUUCAAAAGUUACCUUGCUAUUUUUUUUAAAAUCCCUCACCAUUUCAAAACCAAAUAGGAUUUUUGGAUCAUGUGGUAAAGUACCAGCUGCUUGUCCAGGAGGGCUUUCUUGUGUCCAGUCUACGGGCAGCUGCUAUUCUUAUUCCUUUUAAAGUUACUUUCCAUCUACUCUAUAUUUAUCUCCUGUGUUCUGCUUUAUAUACAUUGUUUCCUCCUUUAAACUAUAAGCUUCCUGAGGGAAGGGAUCGUGUCUUUUCUUUGUGUCCUCAGCCUUAGCACAAUGCUUGGCACAUAGUUAGUCUUUAACAAAUGCUUGUUGAUUGAUUGAACUGCUAUAAUCUUCCCUCAGUCAGCUUGAACAAUUAAAAGUUGCCUAUUUUCCAAACAUGAGUUGAAUGGUCUUGAGAAAUUCCUGAGUGUGGACAUCUUUGAUGACUCAUUCAACAUAAAAAGGCUGGUUCUUACAGAGUGAAGUACCCCAGCAAAGAAAAUCCUCUUUGUCCUGAAGACUGCCAUAGGAAGAGAAUCAGAGAUCUUUUUUGUGCCCAUUCCACCCGGGCUUCUACUGAGACUCGACUAGUUAGCUGGGCCAGAAAUACAAAUAUCAUGUCACCAAAUGGUAAUGACUUCAGGACAAAGAUAAAAAGUCAUUGGUCCAUUAGCCAAUUUUGCUAGCUGCCUCUUGGCUCAUUCCUCAAGGACAGGUAUCAAUAAUGUGUUCCGAUAAUUGAGAAUUCAGGUUGCAUUUUAAACAUUUGUUUUGUCUGUUGGGGAGGAAGGGGAAAGGGCUGUGUAAAAAUGCACAUAGGUGGCCCAUUUGGAAACAUUCUUGCAAGUGUACCUCACUGUGUACAAUGCAUUUCUGAAAAGCUACGUUUAAGCUGAUUUUUUUUUUGUAAAUCCAAUUAUUUAAAAUAUUGUAUAUGGGGGGGUUGUAGAGAAGGGCUUGUUAUUUAAAUUUUAUGGUGAAUUCCUUUUUGUAAAGCAUUCUUUUGUAAAAAUGAAUAACCACUCUAAUUUUUAAAAUCUGGGUUUUCCUGGUUUUGUAAA